AUGGACUCUGAAGUUUCCUCGAUGAAGUCGAAGUCAAUGAGAAUGAUUGACCCAGAGUGUGGGUACGACAACCCAGAAGAAGGGCUCAAAGCAGAAGAGACUGCACAAAGAAUUAACAAUAAAUUGAAUCCUAAAAUAAUGCCAACUAGGACUUACUUGAACUCAACUGUUUCAGAGAUCGUGCUGAAAGCGCUAUCAGAGCUUGACCAAUGUCGACCAAGCAACCCAGUCGAAUUUUUUGCUUAUUAUUUGUUGAAGCACAACCAAUAA